CCCCCAUAUAUCCCCCGGCCCCUACCCCGACCCCCGGCCAACGAACUCGACGGAAAAUCUACCGGCAAUUCCCUCCCCUGCCCAGUGCGAUUUCCGGCCGGUGCCGGUGCCGGUGUCGGUGUUGGUGUGUGUGCCGCCUCGACUCCCCCGCCCCUGCGUUCGUAUCGUGGUCUCUCCGAAGUCCAAACCCUCCUCCUCCUCCACCCCCUAGGAACCGCCGAUCCCUGGUCGGUCGACCCUCGCCGGCGGCAUGAGCCGCGCAUCACCGUGGACGCCGGCAAACCUACAACCAGAUUGUCGCGAGGAUAAGAAGAGGAGAUUACCCCAAGGUCACACUGGAAAGGUCGUAAGCAGCAGCGGAUCGGCACAUGAAGAUCUCGACGACAUGUUUGCGUCGCUGUCCAUCGACAGCGUCCUCGCUCAAGAAAAUUCAGGAGAUCGUUCCAAGGACAGGAAGAGAAAAUCAUGCCAAGAAAGUGCUGGAAAUUUGACUAACGCUUUAUCGGAUGAUGUUUUGGAAAACAUGUUUGCGUCGCUUUCGAUCGAUUCUAGAGUGACAAGUACUGCUUCCACAAGAUCGGGGAAAGGAUCUUUUAUUAUUCUUGAUGACAAUAUUCUCGCUGGAGGUAAUUCAGAUUGCACCACUUCCACUGACUCUAGGAGGCCAAGGUCAGAGGUAUUCAUUGAAAGGGUAAAUGACCUGUUGCUGCACCAUGAUGGAACUGGUGUUCGAGUGUUCGAGGUUCGUUUUGAUUUGAACUCCACUCAUGCUGCCCACCUUGACAAAUGGGUCCAGUUUGCGUCAGAGGCGGGUGCACAAGAUGUGAAACUUAGCUUGUGUAAAGACAUGACAUCUUGUCCGGAGCAUUUGGUGACUGCAAAUCGUUAUAACUUCCCUUUGCAUUGCUUUGGCGAUGGGCGACAAAGAUCCUCGAUGCGGAAGCUAGACCUGACGAAUUGCAUAUUCACGCCACCGCUGGAUUCCAGUGCCUUUUCCUCCCUUGUAUGCCUUUAUCUAGUACGUGCCACAAUAACCGACGCCGGCGUCCAGAACAUUUGCUCUUGCUGCCCUAUUCUCCGCCAUUUGAGACUGGCACGAUGUGACGAUCUUGUUAAUGUAAGGAUUUCCCAUGAAGUGCUGAUAUGUUUGGAUAUAUUUCGUUGCAAAAAGCUGGUGAGUGUUGAGAUUCACGCCACCUGCCUACUCAUCUUCGAGUAUGAUGGGCAUGAGGUACACAUCAAUUAUGCUAGUACCCCCAGUAUGAGGUUUUUGGCAAAUAAUUUCAAGAACCGAAAUAGUUAUCUUUCGGACGGUGUAGAAGCCAUGAAAAGGAUCAGAAAAAUCACCUUGACAUUUCUUUGGCCAUCGGAGAAGCCCAGUUAUACACUUUACGCGAUCAAAUUCCCAGCAUUACAGUUCAUCAACCUAUUUAUUUUGCCAUCUUGGAAUAAUGUUCGUGGAGUAGCUUAUCUCGUCAAGGCAACUCCUUAUCUUAAAAGACUCCGGCUAGAAGCACGCAGCGGAGACCACCAUUAUCGGGACGACGUCCAGGUCAGCUGGCCCGAGGGCAUCUCUCUCAAGAGGCUCCGUUUCAUCACCGUGGGCGGUUUCGCCGCCCAGGCCCCGCUGGUCGAGCUCUUGGUGUGCCUGGUGCACGCGGGCGCCCCACCAUCUCUGCAAAGGGCUGGGCAGGUGGGUCAGGGAGGAAGACGUCGGCGACAAGCCUGCGAGGGACCGCGCGAGGGAGACCCUCCGCUCACUGUGACUGAGAGCUGGCCAGAUUUUUGUUUUGUUUUGUGGGGUAGCUGGCUAGACAAGAGCCCGGAGUUCCUUGUGGACAGCUAGGCUGAUUGACUGUAAUCGUCUGUUAACUCUGUACUCCCUCCAUUCUAAAAUAGAUGACUCAACUUUGUACUAUCUAUUUUGAAACGGAGGAAAUACUAAUAAAGCUCCACAAAGUUUCGAUGCAAAAGAAAAA